AGGCACCCGUAAUCGGUUAUCGCCUCUAUCAAAGCCAGCCAAGCCAGAGCUCACUCAGAGCUCCCAGCUCCAAACCCACGACGACACUCCCCCAUCAGCGGCCACUCCUUCCUCUCCUCCCCUCCCCAACCCUAGCAGCUGGAGAGCUACCACCCGUCACCCAUACCCUCACCCACACCGCGGCCGCCAAAAUGGCGAACACAACCAAAUACCUCCUCCUCUCCCUCCCAACCUCGAUCGCGCCAUCCAACGACCAGGCCGACGCCCUCUCCGCCCUCCGCUCCACCGUCGGCGACAACGGCGCCGUCGCCCCCUUCAAGGUCCCGCACUUCAAGAUCGGCACGCUCGAUGCGCUGGUGCAGCAGGCGGAUGAUUUGGGGAAGCUGGAAAGCGCUUGCGAGGGCGUCGUGGCCAAGAUGGGAGAUACGCUGAGGACGAUUUUGGAUGGUGAUGAUGCGAAGAUUGGGCAGCAGAAGACGGUGAAUGAUAAGCCGGCGGAUCAGUAUUUGGGGAACUUUACGUGGAAUACGGUGAAGUACCGUUCGGAUAAGCCGUUGAGGGAGUUGAUUGACUCGUUGCAGAAGGAUCUGCUCAGUGUCGACAAUGAUGUGAAGAGCAAGUACACGCAGUACAACUCUAUCAAGACAACGCUCACCACUUUACAAAGAAAGCAGACCGGCAACCUGGCUACGAAAUCGCUCACGCCCGUCGUGGACCCAAAGCUCCUGAUCCAGGACUCCGAAUUCCUCGAGACGCACCUAAUCGUCGUCCCAAACCUAGCCAAGAAAGACUUCCUGCGCAGCUACGAGACCAUAUCGCAGAUGGUGGUUCCGCGAUCGGCGGUGGAGGUAGCGCAAGACGAAGAACUGACGCUGUACACGGUGACGGUAUUCAAGAAGUUCGCCGCUGAGUUCGUGCAAAAGUGCCGCGAGCAGCGCUGGACGCCGCGCGAUUACAAGUAUGUUGAGGGCGGCCGCGAGGAGGAGAAGAAGGAGAUUGAAAGGGUUAGUAAGGAUGAGAGGAAGGUGUGGGGGGAGGUGUUGAGGUUGGCGAGGAUGGGGUGGAGUGAGAGUGUUAUGAUUUGGAUUCAUGUGCUGUGUCUGCGUGUGUUUGUCGAGACGGUCCUGAGAUACGGAUUGCCCCUUGAGUUUGUCUCGGCCCUAGUCAAGACCAAUCCAAAACUGGCAAAGAAAGCAAGGACGAAUCUAGAUUCCACCUACUCGUAUCUAGGGGGCAACGCAUUCGGCAGGGACAAGAAGGGACGAGUCACCAAGGACGACUCAACACUGUCCUCAGAAAUGAGUGCAUUAGGCGUGGGUGGACAUGGCGAGGGCAACGAGUACACAGCAUACGUCUGCUACGAGUUUGAGGUCAUAUAGAUAUAAACCAACCACCAUACCCCUUUGGAUGGGAUCACGAAAGCAAGCAUUGUACUGUACGAAUCACGCGCCAGCGGCACCAAAAUGAAACACUAAAAAAAGUAUAUUUUACUUUCUAGAUCCAUCAUCGUAAUCAUAAAUAUCUCCC